AUGGUAACAGCACGUCAUGUUCAUAGUGCAAUCUUGCUCAAUUCAUGCAAAGUCACUGCUGGUUAUAAAUCGGCGAAUUAUAUCGAUAGUUCCGAAAUAUAUGAUUCAUCGACGAACCAUUGGAACAUUACCGUAAGUAUGGCUGCAGCACGUGAAUUUCAUACUGCAACUCUGCUCAAUUCGGGCCAAGUUCUUAUCACUGGUGGGGUAGGAAAUACCGCUUAUAUAUCUAGUUGUGAAAUAUAUGAUCCAUCAAUGGGUCAAUGGAACAAUAUUACUAGCAUGAAAGUAGAACGUCCUUCACAUACUACAACUCUGCUAAAUUCAGGCAAAGUUCUUGACACGGCUGGCUACGGAUAUACUGGUUAUCUGGAUAGUUCUGAAACAUUUGAUCCAUCAACAGACAAUAUGGAGCCCUAUUUAAUUCGAGCAAAGUUCUUGUCGCGGGUGGAGAAAAAUUGA